AUGCGUCGCGGGGGCGGUGGUGGUGGUCGAAGACGUGUCCAAGAUCCACCAAUUAACCAUGAUCUAUCAGUUUCUCUUUUGGAUGUGCUCAACGGUACAGUAAAGAAGAUGCGUAUCACACGACAUCGACUCAACCCCGACGGACGAACCACGCGACUGGAGGAGAAGGUAUUGGAAAUUGAAGUGAAGAAAGGAUGGAAGGAAGGCACCCGAAUCACAUUCCAGCGCGAAGGAGACGAGAACCCCAACGGAAAUAUUCCGGCCGAUGUAAUCUUCACUGUGAAGGAUCGAACACACAAACACUUCAAACGUGAGGGUGCAGAUGUUCGCUACAUCGCUCGUAUCAGUCUGAAGAAGGCGUUAUGUGGAGGCACCAUUACUGUCCCGACCAUUGAUGAGCGUCAGGUCACGUUGACCUUGACAGAUGUGGUGAAACCCCGUGGAACCCGACGUAUUACUGGUCAAGGUUUACCGUACGUGAAGGAGCCGAAUCGUCGCGGAGACAUCAUUGUCGAAUUUCAAAUCGUGUUUCCGGACACUCUAGCUCCUUCCCAAAAGGCGGCAUUGAGUAAUAUACUGCCGGACAAUGUCUGA